AGCGAGUCGACUAACACGGCCCCCCAGAGCAAACGGAGGAAGGUUGAACCUCUUCCCGUGCCAUUCUGUCAUGCUGCAAGAGGUCAUAUCGAGUUUUCUCGACCAUGCACAGAGAAUGCAUCAGAGCCAACAAUCAUAGCACGGAAGGCCAUCGGCCAUUUCCUUUCCUUCUAUUUUAAUCCCCGGUCAAAUUCAUUCACUCUCAGGUCUCGCCCUCCACACCGGCUGGGAUCGUUCAUCUCAGUAUUCUCACUUUCGUCCUCUGAAAUGAGUCCAGUUGCGGCCCAGAUUAUCUAUCUUGGAGGGGAUCGCAAUGGAUCAGCAGGCACAAUAUGGCAUAAUGUCGAUGUAACGGUGGAACGACGAGAUUCUAUUGCGACCAUGAGACUCGACCUCAACCUUUAUUGGAACGUAACUCCAUCACCUCUCAAUGGUCUACGCACUUCUCUUCACAGACAAGCCAGCCAAGAUUUAAUUGACAAUUUUUUCCCUGCUUCAGGCUCACCGGAAUCGGCCUCCUAUCCGAUGGACUUUUAUGAGGCGGCGUAUGUCCCGCCCGUUCGGGAUGAAACAAAUAUCCCGCUCGAGAUACCCGGCCUGGAGGCUACAUUGUACCCCUACCAGGCGAGAUCACUUGAAUGGCUAUUAGCACGAGAGGGUGUUCAGUGGUCCGAAAAAAAUGGGAUCGGUCUCCUCGCACAGGAUUUUCCAGCUCCCAUCAGCGAUUUGUCCAGGCGCGUCCAAGAUCUAGACGGAAAUGAAUUCAUUCUCAAUGACAUUUUACAUACAAUCUGUUUGGACAAUUCCCCAUUUCAACAGGUCGAGAGAAGGACAAAGGGAGGCAUACUUGCUGAAGAAAUGGGAUUAGGCAAAACUCUUGAAAUUCUGGGUCUCAUUUCUCUGCACCGACUACCCGAGUCUCUUCCAGAUGGGAGCGAGGAUCCCAACCCGCCAGUAAUCCCAAGCGGCGCAACUUUGAUUGUUACACCGGAGUCUCUGAGACAGCAGUGGAUCUCUGAAAUAUCUCGCCACGCCCCCGGACUUCGAUGUGAGUUCUACAAGGGACGCAAGCAAGAGGGGGGAGAUGAGGAGGAAACGGUGCAAAGACUCAAGAGCUGCGAUAUUGUAGUAACCACCUAUAGCGUGCUCUCUGCCGAGCUACAUUUCACCAGCGAUGCUCCCGAGCGUUCACGCAGACAGGAACGGAAAUAUCAACGGCCAAAAUCACCGCUAGUGAAAAUACUAUGGUGGCGUCUUUGUCUUGACGAAGCCCAGAUGAUAGAGAAUGGAAUCAGCCAAGCAGCAAAAGUCAGCCAGGUCAUUCCGCGAGUCAAUGCUUGGGGAAUAACUGGUACUCCAGUCAAAGAUAGUGUCCAGGAUCUCUUCGGCCUGCUCAUGUUUUUGCGUUAUGCGCCCCUGGAUUCUGCUUCACAAGCCUGGCGAGCUAUUCUUACACAACAUAAACCUGCGUUUCAGAAACUAUUUAAUACGAUAGCCAUAAGGCACACCAAGGCACUAGUUCGGCAUGAGAUUUCCCUCCCACCACAGCAACGCUUCGCAAUCAGUGUGCCAUUCACAGCUGUUGAGGAACAGCAUUACCAGUCCAUGUUUAAAGAGAUGGCAGAAGCUUGUGGUCUUGAUACCCAAGGUCAACCAGUGCUUGACGAAUGGACGCCCGAAAAUUACGUGGAAGAAAUGCGAACUUGGCUCAACCGACUGCGGCAGACUGCCCUACAUCCCGAGGUGGGAGUGUAUGGCCGUCGAGUACUGGGACAAAAUAAGACAAAGCCAAUGAGGACGGUGGAGGAAGUUCUAGAUGCCAUGCUUGAGCAAAGCGAAAACAGUCUCAGGUCAGAAGAGAGAGCGCUUCUUUUGAACAAAUUGACUCGGGGUCAGUUAUUCGAAAACGGCCCGCGCGUUAAAGAAGCACUGUCUAUUUGGAAAGAGGUAAGAGCUUCGACAGAAGAGCUUGUAGAGAAUGCUCGCUCUGAGCUUCGAGACAUCAUAAAAAGAAACACCGAAAACAAAGGGAAACCAUCCCGAGGGAUCCAGAAUCCUCAAGAUCCCGAUGAUUCUGAAGAUGAAGAGACAGCCAUCGGAGAACACAGAGGCCAGCUAGGAGAGUGCCGCCGCAAGCUUCGCUCAGCCCUAGAAUUGCAUCACCGAGCGGUCUUUUUCUGCGCCAAUGCUUAUUUCCAAAUUCGGGACAACAAGGAAAUGACUGAGCCAGACUCAGAAGAGUAUAAUGAGCUCAAGAAACUGGAGGACGGAGGAUAUGAUACAGCAAAGGAAAUUCGUCGCGAGAUUCUCUCAGAGAGCCACCACAAAACAACACGGCUUAUGAAGAAGCUAUCCCACAAGGGAUCCGGCCAGGAUUUUGCUGAGAUCCCUGAGCUUACCGUUAGACCUGAGCGAGGACUUGAGAGCAGUAGAGUUAUUGAUGAACUCGAAUUGCUCUACGGAGAGCUAAAUGAACAGGCAAACGUUAUCGACGAGUGGAGAGAGGAAGUGGUUCAACUGCUGCUAAAGUCUCUUGUUGACGAAGAGGAUGAAGUGGAAACUACCGGAGAGGAGCUUGGGGAGUCUGCCAAGAUUCAAGACCAUCUCAUGGUCUACGUCCAAGUUCUUCGGGCAGCAAUUGCCGACCGACAGGAUGCCAUGUCGGGACAAACCAACGAAUUGGUCAAAUAUGAAACUCAGACAUCAAUCAGACUAGCAAAGAAUGGGGAGGGUCCUGCCCCAGAGCUACUCCUAAAGCUUAUGCAGGACAGGGCAGAGAUCAAGCCUAAAUCGGCAAUCAUGUCAAUGCGCGGGGCCAUCAGCGAAUUCAGAAGCCUCACGUCCAGACUAUCCAACGACAAACAAAAAGCCGAACGGGUUGCUGCAGACCAUGCAGCCGCAAUACGACAGCUAAAUCCCACCACACAGGCAAACGAGCUGCGUAACUUGACAUCCAGGCUAAACAACGAAAAGGUCAAAAUUGAACGUAUCUCGGCGGAACAAUCUAUAGCAUCCCGGCAACUUCAGUCUACGCAGACAGCUCUCAGCCAGCAACAAAAGGUAUCGACUUCUCUGGAAUCCGAGAUCGAUACGUUUACUGCCACCAUGAACGCCCGUCUCGAAUACUACCGACAACUCCAAUUUGUUUCAGACUCCGUUCUUCCCUAUGAUGGCCAAAAAACAGAAGAGGCACUUGCUCGGAUCAUUAAGACAGAGGAAGAAAUCACACAGAAAGUGGCCUCUGCUGAGGGGAAACACAGAUACUUGCUGUACUUGAAAGAGGCUGGUUCCAAAUCCAAUGAGCCCCGAAUGUGCGUCAUCUGUCAGACAACCUUCGAAACGGGUGUCUUGACGGUUUGUGGUCAUCAGUUUUGCAAAGCCUGCAUGAUGAUGUGGUUCAAAGCCCAUCGAAAUUGCCCAGUGUGCAAGCGCCAUUUGAAUGCCUCACAGCUUCACGACAUCACAAUAAAGCCACAGUCACUCAAAAUCCACAGCGACGGCCAAGGCGUUUCCGAUCCAGGUGUUUCCGGUACAAGCCAGUCAAGCAAUGGGGCUUCUGACCAGCAACAGACUACGAUAUACUCGUCAUUUAACUCGGAAAAGUUGGCAGAAAUAAAAAACAUAGAGCUUGACGGCCCAUCUUACACAAGCAAAGUCGACACUCUACUACGACAUCUCCUUUGGUUGCGAGAGUCUGAUCCAGGAGCGAAAUCGAUUAUUUUCUCACAAUACAAGGAUUUUUUGGGAAUCCUCGCGACAGCUUUCAAGCGCUUUCGGAUUGGGUACGCCUCCAUCGACAGCCACGGUGGGACAACACGUUUCAAGGAAGAUCCAGCCAUUGAGGUCUUCCUCCUCCAUGCCCGAGCCCAUUCCAGCGGGCUGAAUCUGGUCAAUGCCAACCACGUCUUCCUCUGCGAACCUCUUGUAAACACGGCACUUGAACUACAAGCCAUCGCGCGAGUGGACCGCAUCGGCCAGCAGCACAAGACAACAGUUUGGCUUUACAUUACCGCCGGGACUGUCGAGGAGUCCAUCUACAAUCUAUCGGUCAAGCGUCGUCUCGAGCACAUGGGGAAAACUGCGAAAGGGAAAGAGACGCAGGAGCUUAUGGACGCUAAGCUGGAGGCUGCGAACACGCUGGAAUUGGAGCAAGCGGCGCUUUCAAAACUGAUGAGUAAAGACAAAACCGCGGGGGAAGUGGUCCCCAGCUCCGAUUUGUGGGAGUGUUUAUUUGGGAAUAUCACUCAGAAGGGGCCCGACGAGGAGAUGGUACACCAGGGGGGAAGCUCC